AUGGGCACCAGCACCAGCCCUCGGGCUCAGGUCGAGGACGCUACCGUGCAGUCUCCUUCCCCGAACGUUGGCGACGGUGAUGAGCGCGGAGGCGGCAACGUCGCGGACAAUGUCGGCGACGUUGCUCUCGACCCCAGAUACCGUCAUCCGAACGCGUUCAUUUUGUUCCGACAGAGCUUUUUGAAGGGAUCGAAGGCUACGUGGGUCGAACCAAAGGGCAAGGACAUCCACAAAGUCAUUGGUGAGUACGCUAUCAUGUUUGCACGCAUUUGGGCUGGAAUCCCCUCAGCUCAGCAUUGGAAGGCACUGCCAGAGGAGGAGCGGGAGCGUUUUCGCGCUCAGGCUGCCCAGAACAAGCAGACUGCUCAAUUGCCGAAUCCCGAGAAGCGGCGACGUCGCAAGCGGCAGCAGCUAUCUGCCGUGGUUGCUACGAAGCCCCAAGAGGAAGUUUCCUGCUCCUCUAUGGCCCUCCCUUCUGUUCCUGUGAUCCCAACGCCUCCACCCAUGGACCCUCUACCUAAUCCCCGUCCUAUCAUCUCACUUCGCAAGACUAGCCACCCGAAAUCACGUUCUCUUGGUACCCACGCUCCUUACGCAUCACCCACGAUCAUUCAUUCGCCACCCACCGUGCAGAUCCCUGCAUACGAGGAUAACCCUUAUCGCUAUAGCUUUCCCCAAAAGCCUCGUCCGUCCAAGCCGCGCUCGACGGCGAAGGACGGUCGCGCGAGGACCGCCGAAGCGACCCCUCCUCCCCACCAGGAUGUCUUCUCUCCUGCGAGAGCCAUCUACAGUUUCUCCGUUCCGUUGCGCACGCCAUCUGCCGAACCUUUGAUGGCAGCCGCACCCGGUGGCCGAUCCUCGCAGACCACUAGCGAAGCCGUAUUCCUGCAGGACUUCCCUCGCCGACGUUCCCUAAGCAGUCCCGAGACUCUUCGUCCCUUCUCAUCGGGCCGCGCUGACGACAUAACCGGCCAUGGGAACGUACCUAGCAACGCGCCCUGCGUCGGCAUGAUGAACCAGCCGUACUAUCCCGCCAGCACGCUAUCCGAAGAGGCAGACUCGAGCGCCCCGUCAUCCUGGUCGCCUACUCGGUCUGACUUCAUCGUCGGCGCCCACCGCCGCGGAGUGCAUUCCUGGAACGUACCUUGGGCGUCGCAACCGGUAGAUCAGACACCUGCCGCGCUCAUGGGCUUGGAGCCAGCAUUCGCGCCCGGGCCUUCCGCGUACCAGUACGCCAUCUACGACGCGGCCCAGUACGCCCAAGCGCCUGCUUUCCUCAAUGAAUCGCAGUGGGCCGCUGCUCCUGCGACGUACCCCGGGGUCGAUAGCGCGCCUGAUCCCCAGCAGAGCUACAUCCAGUGGCCUCAGCAGGAGCAAGCUGUCGAUUACACCGCCGCUGGUCCAACCGCUCAGCCGGCCGCUGGCUUUGCUCAGUACGCCCAGUACCCGAUGCAGCAGCAAGAAUCAUACGACAACUCCUACUAUGCUCCGUACGCGUAUGAUGCGACGGAGUAUAACUGA